AUGCACAUUUCUUUUCCUAUUCAGGAAGCGGCCAUUUUACCAGACUGGAGACAGCUUGCUGAAGAACUAACCAGUUAUGUAUCCGGUGAUUUUUUACUAAAACAACUGCAGUUAUGUUUUGGUGGAACUCCGCAUCCCGUCGGGAGCCUUGAAAACUGUGCUCUUGCAGAAUUAAUCGCGUCUGACUGGAAGUCAUGGGGCAUCCCGGUCGUACAGUUACAAGACUUUUUUGUCUCCCUCCCCCUCGGGCCACCGUCCUGCGGACCCUGGAAUGAAGUCAUUCUCGUGUCGUCCGACGGUUCCACCGUACUUCAUAGAUCGAGAAACUUUGUGGAAGUCCCAUCCGCAUCAAAUAGUAAAUUCAUAGAAGGGCUUGAAUGUGAAAAAUCCGAUGUUAUGACGAACCAUGGUUCCGGCACACGAUCACUACGGUGCCUACCAGCGUACCAAGCAUACUCUUCCUCAGGCCAGGCGCUUGGUCGCUUUGUAUUCGUGAAUUAUUGUCGUUCCGAGGAUUUGGUCGCCUUUGAUCUUGCUCAAGGUCGUAAGGCUGAGGAACCUAGCCUGCUGUGCUCCUCCGACAUUAUCGCUGUGGCUCGGUUACAAAUGUGCACAAGACAAUCGAAAAUACUGUCUUUGAUGCAUCACUGUAAGUGUGGUAAAAAUGGACAGCCCCUAAGUGACCAUCACCCUGCUGCCUUGGUGCUUUAUCCAGACCCGGCGGAUUCCGUACCAUCUUGCCAUGACAUUUAUCCCAACGGGCCUGGCCUUCCUGGCGAUGCACCUGUGUUCGGUCACGUAUGCAUGGCUCAUCAUGGAGGAGGUAACCCAAACACACCAUACUUACCUUCUUCACCCCAUGUAUACGAAACGAACGCGAUGACUCCCGGUGAUGCACUGACCUUGAUUCCCGUUCAACCAAUUGGGUACGAUGACGCGGCUGUGAUUCUUUCACAUCUUUCCGGUCCUCCAAUCCCUACUCAAUGGAAUGGAUGCUUAGCAGCAAGACUAGGACCUUCUGUUGACAGUCAACUACAAGUCACGGUGAAUAAUGCCGUGUCCACAGACCGCGUUCGCUGCGUCAACGUUCUCGGUGUGAUCCCAGGUGAUGUUUCUGCAGAUGAUUCGGACCAAUAUGUUCUCUAUGGAUGUCACCGUGAUACUUGGAUUGAAGGAGCUUGCGAUCCAGGGUCUGGGACGGCCAUUCUGCAGCAGAUCUGUUAUACACUGGGUUUAGCCUACGAACGAGGUUUUCGCCCACGCAGAACUAUUGUUCUGGCUAGUUGGGAUGGUGAAGAACUCUCAUUGCUGGGUUCAACUCAUAUGGUCGAGGAACGGAACAACGAAUUGAGGCAACGGGCCGUUGCUUACAUCAAUACAGAUUGUCCGAUUAAAGGGGGCUCGAAGUUUCGUGCACGCACUGACGAGCUACUCGCGGAUGUAUUAUUUUUGGCUAGUCGUUUUGUCAAGGUUGACCCCCCAUUGAAUACGAACACUCUCUUUGAUGAGUGGCUCGCUCAGAAUGAAGAGCCUUCCCAGUCUGAACCUCGUUUAUCACCCCCGGGUGUCGGUUCAGAUCAUAUACCGUUUGCGUUCAAACUGGGUGUUCCCUCUUCAUAUCCUGAGUUCGAAGCAGCUGACGGCUUGUUUACUCCUCCAAUGUACCAUACGGCUUAUGACACGGUUGGCGUGGUAUGCAAGUUUCUAGAUCCUCCUUCUAUCACUGGUCCACUUCCGCGGCAUCGUCUGAUAGCUCGUUUGUCCAUCACAAUGCUGCUCCAGCUUUCCUGCAGCAAGAGAAUUCCUUACUCAGUUACAAGAUGGACACAUCUGAUGAAUGAAAAAUGGAGAUUGACCCAGCAGCAAUUUGAGUCGAGUUUGAAUAAUUUACAGCACUUUGGUAUACAUUUAGACUGGAUAACGGAGAGCUUCGAUGCGCUAGUUGAGGCUGCCGAAUCGUUUACUACGUUGUUGGACACUUUGGAAGCACGGUCUUCCAGUUUCCCCUCAGCCUUGAAUCGCAUACUGAUUGCUUUGCCAAAACAGUUUCUGAGACGCAGAAACGGAGCUUUCGGAUCCUUUCCAAAUGUACUAUGCGAGCCCGCCGGACUCGGUACAAAAUACUUUCCACACGUACAGAGGGCCUUCGACAAUUUCGUUCGUCAUGCAAACGAAAGCGGUGACGCAAUUUCAUCCUCCGAGUUGAGUGCAUUAAAGCAUGAGCUAUCAGAGUUAACGUGUUGCAUUCAGCAAGCAUCUUCCUGGCUGAAAAAUGGCUUACUUGGCCUUGACCCUUUUCAAGACAUGACAUCCCAUGAUGUUUCUUCUUAG